AAUUUAUCUAUAAUUAAAAAAUAAUAUUUUUUUUAUUUAUAAUUUUUCAAAUUUAUUGCUCUAUCAAUAUGAACAGAAUUACAUUUACAAAAAAAAUCAUGACGGUAGAAAGAAUAGAUUUAAAUGUGAAAGUAGAAAGUCGUGAAAAAACGGAUACCAAUCCUUCUAUCCUAUAAGCUCAAACCACCUUUGGAGCAAUCCUGCAUUAUGGUGUCGAUGACUGUAUCCGAGAGACACAAUUAUAUUCUGCAUUUUCUUAUCUAUAAUUUUUUGAAGCUGAGUCGUAGACGUCUAACUCAUCUCAGGCCUUCUUGCAUUUCUUUUUCUCCAAACAUGAUAAAUGGUCGUUUGAAAAAUCAUCCUAAUCAGUAGUCAAGCCGUUGAAGUAUGUUCCCGUUAACCAUAUUAAGCGUUUGAAUCCAGUCAGGGUUCGUUCUCCCUCCAAAGAACCCCUCAACAAUUCUUCCCAGACCGUAAAUGAUUAUGAAAAAGCAAAAAUAAGGUGAUCUCCUGUCUCAUCCCUCUCUCCACACAGCCCACAACCAUGUAUGUUAGUAAAUCCCUCAUUCUUCUUCUUAUCUCAUGUGAAAAGUCUAUUCAAUACUUCUAACCAUGUGAUGAAUGCAUAAUUUGGCACUCCUUCCGAGAACCAAACUACAUUACACCACUGAACUUUAUCCCUUCGAGGCAUAAUUUACUUCCAUGUGGUUGCAGCACAGAACCAAGUUUUGCAUUUGGAACCGGUUCUACAAGAAUUUGGUUACAAAAAGUUUGAAAACGCCUAGUGCGUAUACCUCUCAAAUACCUUCUAUCCGGAGUAACAACUACAGUAACUAAAGCCUUGCGAAGGAGACUGAGAUAGGUUGUCCCAGCAGCCCCCGGACAAUCUCCUAAGAGUAUCUCCAAUGUAUAUCUUUAUAUUUUCCUCUAAAAUAGAGAUAUCUAUUAUAGAGGUGGAUUUGCUCCAAUGUAUGCCUCUAUAAUAUAGUUCCUUUAUUUUAUAGGAAAAUAUAGAGGAAUCAUACUUUUUACCUUUAUAUUUAGAGAUGAAAAUAGUAAAUCUCUAUAUUUUCCCCUAUAAAUAGAGAAACUCUAUUAUAGAGGCAUACAUUGGAGCAAAUCCACCUCUAUAAUAGAGUUUUUCUAUUGUAGAGAAAAAUAUAGAGAUAAAAAUAGAGGUAGGUUGGAGAUGAUCUAAGCCCUCUUCUUCUUUAGGAUAACACAAAUCUUUCAAAGUUAUUUUUGGUUUGUGAGUUUGUGUUGGUGAUCCUGGUAAAAAAAACACACUACGCAUUUUCUCUAUUGUAUCAAAGCACAAAGCACUUGAUGAGUAUAACGUACAGAUACAGCGACAUAGAGCAUCCAUGUAUAAUAUUUCGGACGCUGGUGAAGAAACUUUCAAAGCUACCAUUGACAGACACAAAAAAUAUAUUAUUUUAAUAUUAAUUGUGAUGUACACUAUUAUAAUAUCACAAAACAUAAAAUUUAGUGAGAUAGUUUUACUUUUUAAUAUUUUAUUUGAUAUUAAAAUUAUAAUAAAUUUGGUGUUUCAUAGAACUUGGUCUAUGUACUUGUAUGACGAAAAGUUGUUCUGAAUAUAUUAAAAUGUUAUCUUAUCAAUCUUUAGAAGCAAAAUUAAACAAUAAAAAAAACUUGUGCGAACAAUCAACUUGAAUUACGCUAAAUAGAUGUUUCAAAAUAUACGAAAAAUAAUAGUACUAUAGAACUCGGCUGAGCAUUUCAUUUUACGACCUUUGUCUUUUAUUUUAGACAAUUAGCUAGCACUUUGUCUUUUUUUUUUAACCAGUCUUUUAUUUUAUAUAUACUUACAAUUUAUAUAUACUUACAAUUGUAAUGCUGUUUAAUUUGGUUUAUUUUCUCCUAGUAUUUAAGGGAUGAGAGGAUCUUGUUAAUUAGAUUUACUUACUGUCAUUUGCUGAUAUGUCUAAACAGAUAGAUAGACCUACAUUACUACAGUAAUAAAUAUUAGGGAAACAGUAGUAGCAGUUGUAACAGUCUUACGGAGUGAUUAGUCACGGCUGUAGAUGCUCUAGACACUAAAGCCAUAUAUGUCGACUAAUCAAGUUUUUAUUUCUUUAAAAAUUUCACAGCAAAAAUAUCUCUACAAAAUUAAAAUAUAGCUGUAGAGAGUUUUAUUUCCAGAGCAAAAAGAUAGUGCUUUACAAAACUACAAUAAAAUAAUCUACAUCAAAUAAAUAUAUGGCUUAAAUUCUACAUCCAAAAACAUAAAGCUACGGUUCAUUACAAUCACUGCCUUAACAUUAACAUGUCUCUGAUAAUCAUUUUAAAGUAUACUUAUUACACACUUUAUUUGGUGUUUUGGUGUUUUAUAGGAGUUGGUCUAUGUACUUAUACGACGAAAAGUUAUUAAGAAUAUAUUAAAAUGCUAUCUUACCAAUUUUUUGAAGCAAAAUUAAACAAUAUAAAAGUUCAAAAAGAAGAAGUAUACUUAUUACUUUUAUUACACAAACUCGAAACCACGAAUAGAUGGUAGUAAAAAAAUAAAUAAAUAUAGUCAAAGAAACGAAAUUUUAUCAUGUUUAGCUGACUUUUUUACGUCUGAUAAAAAUGUUUGUUCAACAUUUGUCUUUUUUUUUGAUAAGUAUGUUAAUUAUCAUUAAAAUGAAACAGUCGUAGAUUAAGAUCUACAUCACACUAGACAGUAUGCUUGAACCAUAUUUGCAUUAGCCCACCGAAGUUGCUGCGAUUCUUCCUUGCUAGGAUUAAUUGUAUUCCUGAGGAGUCUGUCAAUAUCAUUGCAGAGCCUGGCCGGAGUGGAAGAGAUGCCUUGAUGAAGACGGUUGUUGCGCUCGAUCUAAAUACUGUAUAUGGUGGCCUGAGCUGCAAGGCGUCUAAGUGUGAGAAGGCUCGUUGUGUCUCUAGCGUGGAGCCAAGCAAUAAAAUCGGACCAGGUAUGGAAGUAGAAGGGUCUAUAUCCGAGGCGCCUAGUGAUGAUGUACUACUCGCUAAAUGAGCACCUAAGGAGGAGGUGGUCUCUGUUUUCAUCAUAAAGAUUACAAAGCAAACAAGUUUUGACAAUGUUUAUAUCCCAAGCAGCUAAUCAACAUCGGGUUGGUAAUCUAUCAUGGUUCGCCACCCACAUAUUGAAGGCAUGCUUGGGAAUGUGUCCACUGAACCAGAUAGUAGAUUCCCAAUCUACUUUAGUGCCACGACAUCUCAUACAGUCCCAGGUUUCAACAUUUGUCUUGCAUCCACGCGUUUGUACCGGUCGAUGGUGAAGCUUGAAUAGGCUCACUAUUUGGUUUGAGCCCAACUCUCUUUAUCAAAUCUUGUCUUUAACGUGGAAAUGUACAAACCAUUGCCACUUUCUUAGAACCUUAUCUUGUGUUGGGAAUUUCCCUUCUUUUUUUCUUAAUGAUCAAAACUUCUGUCAUUACAGGUUUCGCAUAUAAGAAAAAACAACUAUAUGAGUAUUAGUUAUGACAAUCAACUGAAAUUGUGAUGUAUUGAUUACUACCAAAAUUUUAAAAGAAUUAUAUUUUUUUUUAAAGAACAGGUCGCAGCAAUAUUUGAUUUUGUAUAACCUUGUAUAUAAGUCUGUAACUGUUUGAUUCAAUUAUUGUUCAAUCUUAAAUCAUAAAUCAAUAGCAAUGACAAAAUUCAUAGAAAAAUAAUUAUUUGGAAAUUACAUUUAUGCUGCAAACAUAAAACUUGAAAGUUGAAGCCAAUAAAAUAACAAAAACCCCAUCAGAAGAAAAAAAAGAAAAUGAAUUUCAGUUACAAAAAAAGAAAAUAAGACGAAAGAAAAUGAAAAUGAAACAAAACCAAGAUGAAAAAGAAAAGAGAUAGAGAGAGAGGUGAAAGGUAGAGAAGGUGGUGGCGUGUAGUAACAAAGUCUCUGUCAAUUUUUUUGAUAAAUUAAUCAUAUACUCUGCUGACACUCCAAGAUUUGAAACAGCCUUAUCGAUACUUUUUCUAAAAAGAUAAAAUGGGGACUCUUCGUUUUCCAAAUAAGUACUGUAUACGUACUAAUAAUGUAUCACUUACUAUAAUACUAUUGUUUAGAUUAGUUGUACAAUAAAUAAUAUUGUAACCCAAACGCGUAAUAUACUAAACAGAAUAAACAAGAUCGUAGACAAAAAUAAACGACUGCUAAAUAAAAAGAUACAAUCUGCAUCCUCUCUUAUAUUUUUAUCACUGACAGAGAAUACCACUGCACUUUUUCUCAUGCACGCACGCAUACUCAGACAACAACAAGAGCCCAUUCAUUGUUUCUUUAAUAAUUUAAUGACAGAAAUACGGAUGCUGCAUGAUUAAUUUGUAUUUUAAUUCGGUCGAUAGAAAAAUCUCGAGUGUAUAAAAGAAAAUAUAUCGGCAAACUAAAAAAUAUGAUGUAAUAAUCUGCUUUGGCUUUAAUCUCUGUACUACAAGACAAGGCAGGGAAAAACCACAGAUUCCUAUGAAAGAGUAGACGUACCUGUCUGUUUAUUAUAAUUAUUAUCUCUACGACUUUUAUUUACUUUCAAUACAAAAAAACUCCAUCUAUAUCGCCGUUUUUGAUUUAUCAAAUCCCUAUGUAUACAAAAUAAAUAUAAUAAUACAAAAUAAAAGGAAAAUAAAAUAUCCAUCCACGUUACCAUAUCAAAAGUCCCUUACUCAAGAACCCUCCAUUCUAUUUAUAUGUGUGUAUCUCUUCAGAAACAUUUGGAGUCUCCUUAGGGUUUCAUUAAAAGUGUAAGAUCUUUCCUUCAUGGACAUUCCGUACUACCACUAUGACCACGGAGGAGACAGCCAAUAUCUUCCUCCGGGUUUCAGGUUUCAUCCGACAGAUGAAGAGCUCAUCACUCAUUACCUCCUCCGUAAGGUCAUCGAGGGCUGUUUCUCAAGCCGUGCCAUCGCAGAGGUUGAUCUUAACAAGAGCGAGCCUUGGCAACUUCCCGGGAAAGCUAAGAUGGGAGAGAAAGAAUGGUAUUUUUUUAGCCUCCGUGACCGGAAAUAUCCGACGGGACUGAGAACGAAUAGAGCAACGGAGGCUGGUUACUGGAAAGCUACCGGAAAAGAUAGAGAGAUUUAUAGUUCAAAGACUUGUGCACUUGUUGGGAUGAAGAAGACUCUUGUCUUCUACAAAGGACGAGCUCCUAAAGGAGAGAAGAGCAGUUGGGUUAUGCAUGAAUAUCGUCUUGAAGGCAAAUUCUCUUACCAUUUCAUCUCCAGAAGCUCCAAGGACGAAUGGGUGAUCUCUAGGGUUUUCAAGAAACCCGGGUUAGCUAAUACCGGAGGCUCAGCAGAAGCAAGUAUUAGCGUUAGCAAUGGUACUGGUACAUCUAAAAAGACAAAAAUACCCUCGAACAUCUCCACAAACUACCGUGAACAACCAAGCUCUCCUUCCUCCGUCUCACUUCCUCCUCUCCUUGACCCCACCACAACCCUCGGCUACACCGACAGCAGCUGGUCCUACGACAGCCGUAGCACCAACACACCCGUCAUAACCACCGCAAUAACCGAGCACGUGUCCUGUUUCUCCACUGCCACUACUACAACUGCCUUGGGCUUAGAUGUUGACGUCGACUCAUUCAACCAUCUUCUACCGCCUGUGCCGCCGGGGUUUGACCCUUUUCCUCGCUUUGUCUCGAGAAACGUCUCGUCUCUAUCUAACUUUAGGUCGUUCCAAGAGAACUUCAAUCACUUUCCUUACUAUGGGUCGUCUUCUGCAUCCACCAUGACCACACCCGUUAACCUGCCUUCUUCCCACGGUGGCACCGGGAUGAACUACUGGCUACAGACGACGGCGGAAGAGAACGAGACAAAGGCCGGUCUGCUUAACGGUGGACUUGAUUGCGUAUGGAAUUACUAGUCACGGAAAGAGGCGUUCACUAAUAAUUGUGUUCCCGUUAGGGUUUCUUAUGUUUAAAUUUCUAGGAUGGUUAUGAUAUUUCUAAGUGUGUCGAGGAGCUUAAUAACUCCCCUAGCUUGUUGUGUUUGUUUAAUUAUGUAGUUUUGUGUAUCCGACCGUGUUAGUUUAAGGUGCUCAAGAAAGUGUUUUGUGGACUAUUUAACGUGUGUUUAUCGUCGUUAUGUAUUAAUGUUUAUGGUUAUGUUGAUUAAUUUUGAGUUUUCACAAAUUUGCUAUUUCCGUUGAAAUUUGACAGUGAAUGCGUUGUGUCACUCGUAUAUAACCCGACAUAAUGGAUUUAUUUUAUCAGUCCCCUUUCUGUACAUUAGUUUUCGUCAUGAAGUGCUAUGGCAGAUUUGUUAUGGGCGGUUAUGCAUAGGUUUUCAGAUAAAAAUUUCCGAAUCUUAAUACGAAGAAUAAUAGUCGCCAAAUUAGAUGAUUGCUAUAAUUAGCUAACGUAUGUGGCUAGUAAUUUGUGCAAUUAAAGAUGCUCGAAUGUGACACGUGCACGUAGACUUGUUCGUUCUAGCUAAUGUUAACUUAUAUAAGGAAGGAAAAAAAACGUUAUAAGGAAGGCGCGCUGCUAAACAUAUAAAUAUGACUUUGUGUCGGUUGAUGAUCUCUCUUAAACAAUGUUUCAAAUUUUUAAACUAAGUGCAUAAGUACUUAUGUACUUGUAAAUCCAGUGGUUCAAUCAGUCUAUCAAUCAAAACUGAAAUCAGUUUCAAUUGGCUUUUUUCUUUCUUUCUAAGAGUAUUUCCAACUCAAUACUUGUUUUAAGAAGAACAAACCCUCAAAAUAAAGAUUUAAGGAUUGAUUACUUCAACCACGAAUCCUCAAAAAAAAAUUCUUAAAAUUUUAGUUCUUUACGUUAUAGUCUUUAAGGAUAUUAACAAAAUUUGUUAAUAAUGAUAAAUUUCACAAAUACAUAUAAAAUAUACAUUUCAUAUUUUAUACAACACACACUAUUAAAAUAUUAUAUAAUAAAAUAUAAUAUAAAUUACAUAUAUAAUAAAACAACACACAUGCAUAUUUUUUUUAGAAAGUUAUAUGCAUAUAAAAUACCUACUACUCAAGCAUAUUUCCGUAUUUUUAUUUUUAUUUUGUAUUUUAUUUACAUAUAGAAUGUAUUUUAUUUUAUGUGAGUUUUAUUUAAUGUAUUUUCUAUUGUGUGAACUUUAUUUUAAUGUUAUGUAAUAUUUAUCAUAUUAUUUUUUAUUUUGAUGUACUUAAGUUAUUAUAAAUUAAGCUUAGUAUAUAUAUUUGUGAAAAGAAAAAAAUACAAGGACAAAAAUGAAAUAAAAAUAGUUUUGAGGUUGCGUUGAAACUGAGCAAAACCUUGAAAUUUAAAGAUUUGAAGUUAGGUUGGAGAUGCUCUAAGGACUGAGGACAACAAUUUGGGGAUCGACUUGUUUAAUAUAACAUGCAUGCAAAUGUUAACUUCUUUCAAUAAUGUAAAACUUAAGUUGGAACACUCCCAUGCAUUGUUUAGCCAUUAGUUUAUUAAAUAAUCACAGAGAAGAACAAGUUGUUAAUUUGCUAUCAAGAAUUUUGAAACGGAGAUGAUGACUUUGAUGCGCAUGCUGACGAACGGACCACUCUCAAGUUCAGGUCUUGUACAACAGUCCACCUCACUUUCAGAAGGAUGGCUUUCAUGUUUCUAUUUUUAGAAAGAGACAUAAUUAAUAACCUCUCUCUGUUUAUUACCAUUAUGCGUUUCCAUUUCACGUGUGUGUCGUAUAAACAUAUAUUGUAUAUGUAUGUGUUUAACACCGUAGCACCACCACCAUCAUGAUUACCAUCGUCAAUUAUUGCUCUUGUUGCAUCACCAACCUAUGCUACCUAGUCCUAAGACAAAUUCGUGGUCACAUACUCACAUUUACGUCUCGCUAAAUGGCAAAUUUUCAUGAUGCCAAUAGGUAUACAUACGCAUGCUUAUUAUUUUGAGCUUCCUUUGGUUACAUUUGUAAAAAAAAAGUUGUUUGAUAGAAAAAAUAAUUUCUGGCAGAAUAUUUGUCAAUACGUCUCCAUAAAAAUAAAAGAAUAAAGGAAACUGAUCUUGGCUGGAUAAAAUUGACCAAAAUAAUGUAAGAUGAAAAUCAGCUAGUUUACUAAUUUUAUCUCGUAACUACAUAAUGUACUAUAAUUUUAAAGAGUCCAGAAAUUCAACUGCCCGACUAUUUUCACUGUUAAACGAUACAGUUAAUCUUUUUAUUCUGAACAUGGCUAUUAAUUUUAAUUUUAACUUUGCUUUUUUUAAAAGACAUCUGACUUUGUUCUCAUAUCGCCCACACCAAUUACAAUUGAGUAGUUACUAUGAGAUCAAAUGCUGAGUUUUUUUCGAGAAGAACAAAAAAAACACACACACACACACAAGCCUUUAUGGCAAUUGACUUAUAAUCCCAAAAUUUUCACCAAAAUUUGUAAAAUAAAUCAAUCCGUACGAUUUAAUACAUGUCAACAUAAUAUUUCAGUCUCUGGGAAUUUUAGUCGUUGCAGUGGAAGCCAACUAAUCCAAUUUUGAACCAUACCGUUGUAUUUGAAGGACGGAUAACAAUAUUAAAAGAGUUUGCAGCGGACAAACCAGUUGCUUCUUCUUGUUUUUUGUACGUACGAUUACAAACCAAAAUUAUAACUAGUGAAAAUGGUAUUCUCUGCAAGUUAAUUAGUUGAUCCCAUUCGAUGCAAUCGUUCACAUUCUAACUCAAUAAUUUGGAAAAACCCAUCAGAUACUUAUAAUCUUAAUGUAUUUAAAGCCUUGGUGUUAUGUAAUAUACGCUUUGAAGUGACUACAAAAAGCCAAUAAAUAUAUAAGUAUAUUGAAUUGCCAUUUUGCACCGAUAAACAACGAAUCUCUCAUAGAUAUGUAUCAAAGUCAUGUUUUUUUUAAUAUUAUCAAUAUGAUCAUGUUUGUUUUAGUGCAAUGAUAUAUAUGGUAUCUGCAUACAUAUACAGAAAUACUGCUUUAGCUAGAUAAAGAGGUAAAUAUAAGGGUUAUUUUGUCGGACUAAAACUAGUUUUAAGUAUUUGUAAUCUUCCCACCAAGAAUAUUCUCCAAAUUUCUAUUUAUAUCGAGAAAUAAUUACAAGAACCCUAGUUAUCAAAUAUAAGUACAUGCCAAUAUGCAUGUUUUGCAGCAAAUGACAAAACCUGUGAGGGGACAAAUAUCAAAAAACAACAUCAAACUCCGACGGUGAUGAUGGGUCCUUAUGUGGUCGUGGUCCCAAAAAAUCGGAUGCUCCAUGUGCCAAGUGGCGGAUGCAUACCCGCUGAUUGAUUUGGCCGGCGAAGUAACGGGGUCACGUGAUACGAGCAUUCAUGCAGUGUGUGUAUACGUACUAAUGAGUGGAGAGAGUGAACGUGGUGCAUGGAAAUGGCAAUCCACGCUUCUACGCGAUCGGAACUUGGUCUUGGACGAUAUAGCAUUCACGUAUUUAAAGUUUCAGGGUAAAAAUGAGAAAAGAAAGAAAAUGAAUCGAGAGAAAUUUAAAGUUGGAAGAGAAAUAAAUCAAAUUAUUUUAACAAAGAAAACAAAUCGACAUUGUUAUAGUUAAAAAAAGCUAGGGUUUGGACGCUUUCGGGAAGAAAGACAGCUGUGUAUGGGCAUAGGGAUAUGGGUCUUGAUGAAUGCGGCCUGAUCAUGUAUAUUUAUGCAUAUACUUGUUUCAUGUAGUACUUGGAUGAUUGCAGUAAUACUGGUGCAAUUUUCUCAAAAAAGUAAAUACUGUAUCACUAAUUUUUAAGUUUUACUGCUUUUAGAAUUAGGUUAUUGCUUUUAGAACUAGGUUUAUCAAUAAAAUUAUGGUCAUAUUAUAAACCAUUUUAUAUUUUAUACCAUUUUAUAUGUAUGUUGAUUUCAUUAAAAGAAAGGAGAGAGUUUGAAUGGAUUUCAAAAAUGCAUGAGGUUAACCAGCCAUGAGACUAUAGUUGACCCUUGCCAAAAUAAAAGUUGUAUUAGGCGUCUAUUCUAUGAGAGAGAUGAUUAAGACCAAGAGAGCCAAAAUAGUACUGAUCGCUGGAGUCCUUCAUGUUCUGCGUUGUUAAGAUUGUAUCCCUUUUUUUAAUACCACGAAGUUUGAGGCUGAAAUUUGUAAUUUCUCUAGACCCAAGAACAUAUCAUGUAAUAUUAGUUUCGUCUCCUCUCAUCGGUCAUUGGAACCGAGAAUCUCUGCCACAAUGGCCAAUAUUUUUUCAUGUUGAACUAACAACCUAUAGUAACGGGGAAUUAAGUUCAAGGAAGCCAUAUAAUUUUCAUAAAAGGAAACUAAAUUAAAGGCUGUGUCCCAUUUUGCAAAUGAAACAAUCUAGUUUCUAUGAUAAAUCAUUUCUCUCUCCUAUUUUUUCUCAACCUAUUUUUUUUUGUAGCGAGCUAUU